UCACAAACCAGUUCCAUGGCCUUACACCAAAGAAAUGCCGGGAACUGUCAUUAGAAUUGGCAAUCAGAAACAACAUUCCUACCCCCAGCAACUGAAGAGAGAAAGGUUUAGCCGGUAACGAUUGGUUCAGGAAUUUUAUGGCACGCCACCAUCUCUCCUGCCGUAUGCCCGAAGCAACAUCUUUGGGAAGGGCUACGGCCUUUAAUAGAACAACAGUUGGAGAGUUCUUCGACAAUCUGGCUAAGGUGAUGGACAGGCAUAAAUUCCCUCCAAACAUGAUAUAUAAUGUUGACGAAACAGGAGUAACAACAGUUCACACACCAAAGCAGGUCGUGACAGAAAAAGGAAAGAAACAAGUGGGCGCCAUCACAUCUGCAGACAGAGGCGAACUGGUGACUGUGGUCUGUGCAGUCAAUGCGACUGGUAAUGCAGUCCCACCCAUGUUUAUCUUCCCAAGGGUUAGAUACAAAGACCACUUCAUUACAGAAGCACCACCAGGGUCAAUUGGUACCUCCACCAGAUCAGGCUGGAUCAAUGAAGACACCUUCGUUGAGUUCCUUGAGCAUCUGGUUCAGCAGACCAAGUGUUCCCCUGACCUGCCACUGCUGCUGAUCUUGGAUAACCAUGAAGCCCACAUUUCUCUGAAGGCUUUGGAGAUAGCAAAAACAGGUGGUAUUGUUAUGCUCACAAUUCCACCUCACACAUCCCAUCGCCUGCAGCCUCUGGAUAAGUGCGUGUAUGGUCCAUUUAAGACCUAUUACAGCAGAUCUCUCGAUGGUUGGAUGAGGUCCAACCCAGGAAAAACAGCUAGCAUAUACCAAAUCCCUGGCUGUGUGAGCGAUGCUUUCAUGUCAGCAAUGACACCACGAAAUAUCUCCUCUAGAUUCAGAUCCACUGGGAUUUUCCCUUACAACAGAGAUAUCUUCUCUGAUGCAGAGUUUGAGCCAUCCAUGGUGUCAGACAGGCCGAACCUGGAGCAGCAGCCUGCAGCUGCAGGUGAUGCACCUGUGGUUUCAACUUCCCUUUUGGCUGAGCUACCUUCACCAGGCCCUGCACAUGCAUGUGCUUCACCAAGUGACCCAAUUUCACACCCCAACCAUGCUGGAUAUAUGUCUCCUAAUGACAUUCUACCCUUACCCAAAAGUCAGAACCCCCGGAAACAAACAAACCGAAAGCGUGUGAAGACAAGAAUCCUGACUGAUACACCUGAAAAGCAGUUAAUCGAAAGUGCCCAUAAAGAAAGGCAAAAUAAACAGAAAGGCAAAACAGAAAGAACCAUAAAAGAGAAAGGAAUGCUGAAGAGGAAACAAACCCAGAAGAAAAUCGCAGUAGAAAUCAGCUCUGAGGAGAGUGAUGUUGCCAUCCCAUUUGAAGACACUUCUGAGCACGAGAGUUCCAGUGAUGAAAGAAGUGAACCAGAUGUCUCAGAUCUGGUAGUUGGUGACUUCGUCAUCGUAAAAUUUGCAUCCAAAUGCAGAAGCCACCAUUACAUUGGCUUGGUUGGCAGCCUUGCAGGCAACGAAGUGAGUGCCAGAUUUCUGAGAAGAAUCUGAGGGAUCACUGGCAGUAAGAAACCCACCUUUGCAUUCAAGGAAAAUGAUGAGGCAUCUUUCCCACGGAGUGAUGUGCUGAAGAAGCUACCUCAACCUCAAAAGGUUGGAGGAACUGCAAGGAGGGAACAACAGUUCAUGUUCCUCUGCAACCUUUACAGUUGGAAUAUUGACUAGUUAUUUUGAUUAAAUGGUUUUGAAACUAACUGGUGGUUCUCAGGAGUUCAAAACUUUUCAAACUGUUUGUUAGCACAAUAUGCUCAUGUUUACAUUUUAAAACCUAGAGGGUCAGUUUACCCCAAGAUGGCUCAAUUUACCCACUUACUUGGUUCAACUUACCCCUAACCUGGGGCAAGUUGAGCCACAGGAACACUUUUUUUUGAGAAGUCAUUAUUUU